AUGGUGGGCUCAGGAACAACAACAACAACAGAUAGAAGCAAAGAAGCUGUUGGGAUGAUGGCCCUUCACGAGGCCCUCAGAAGUGUAUGUCUCAACUCAGAUUGGACUUACUCUGUCUUCUGGACCAUUCGUCCUCGCCCAAGGGUCAGAGGUGGCAAUGGGUGCAAGGUUGGGGAUGAUAACGGUAGUUUGAUGUUGAUGUGGGAAGAUGGGUUUUGCCGUGGAAGGCUUUCUUCAGAUUGUUUGGAAGAGAUUGACGGAGAGGAUCCUAUCAGAAAAUCGUUUAGCAAAAUGUCCAUUCAGUUAUAUAAUUAUGGAGAAGGGUUGAUGGGAAAGGUUACAUCUGAUAAGUGUCACAAGUGGGUCUUCAAAGAGCCCACAGAAUGUGAGCCUAAUAUUUCCAACUACUGGCAGAGCUCCUUUGAUGCUCUUCCACCUGAAUGGAUAGAUCAGUUUGAGUCCGGCAUUCAGACAAUCGCUGUAAUUCAAGCUGGGCAUGGCCUUCUACAGCUUGGUUCUUGCAAGAUUAUUCCUGAAGACCUCCAUUUUGUGCUAAGAAUGAGACACACUUUUGAAUCUCUAGGCUAUCAAUCAGGGUUUUACCUCUCCCAGCUUUUCUCUUCCACUAGGAACACUUCCUCUUCUACUUCACUUCCUUCAAAACCAUCCACCAUUCCAAUUAGGCCACCUCCUCCACUCCUCAACUGGGGUCAAAGGCCAGUUGGGUCAGCUACUUCUAUGCUAUCCUCUCCCACCUUUCAACAUGCAGCUAGAUUGGGGUUCCCACAGGCUAAAGAUGAGACUCAUAUGUUCCUCAUGCCUCAUGCAUCUGAGCAAACAAGAAUGGAAGACAUGAUGGGGGAACAUGAAAAUGACAUAAAAUGGCCAAAUGGGUUAUCCAUAUUCAAUGCACUCACUGGAAGAACUGAUGAUGCUAAACUUUUGUUCAAUCCAGAUACCUCCAACAUGCAAAAUACUAGUGUGGCCAACCCAAAUGAGUUUUUGAGCUUGGAUAGCCACCCUGAAGGGACAAGGAAAGUGGACAAGUUUAAGAGGAGCUUCACUCUACCUUCUAGAGUGGCUUCCUCAUCAUCUUCAACUUCAAUGGAUCACCAUCAACAAGCAACUAUGGAGUAUAGAAAUUCAGAAGGAGGCAUGUACCCUGAUGUCAUGGAGACAUUUUUAGAAUGAACGAGGGUGAGAAAGGUAAGUUUCAUUUGGGAAAUGAAAGAUGAGAAGUUGUAUUUAGGCAAAGUUAUUUGUGUUCCUUUUCAUGUGUUUGAUUUCCACUUUGUAU